GGCGGCACCUUAAACCCACAAAAUUCUUGAACAUUUUCAUCGGAUUCAUCGAUAAACGGCCGAGAUUGCUUUCUUCCUUAGGAAAAUGCCCAGCUUAUUGGUGAAACUCUACAGUAUCUUCUUCAAGCUUCAUCAAAGGCACAAGCUUUAUAGCUUGACGCAAGCUCCUCUCAAGAACGCCGACCCUUUUGGAAUAACUUCACGGCAUGAUGAAUCGACGGCACCCAGUAAUCCUUCUUUCACCGACGGUGUCGCCACCAAGGAUAUCCACAUCGACCCUUUCUCCGCUCUCUGUAUCCGUAUAUUCCUUCCGGAAACCAUCGUCAGCUCUCAGCCGACAGAAAACGAGUGUUCCGACGGCGGUUCUCAUGUAUACGGAGGUUAUUCUCCUCCGAGGGGAAAAGCCCACAAGAAAUUGCCGGUGAUGCUGCAGUUUCAUGGUGGGGGGUUUGUGAGCGGGAGCAAUGACAGCGUGGGGAACGAUUUGUUCUGCAGGAGGAUUGCGAAAUUGUGUGAGGUUAUCGUGGUUGCGGUCGGUUAUAGGCUGGCGCCGGAGAGCCGGUAUCCGGCAGCGUUUGAGGAUGGGUUGAAGGUGCUGAAUUGGAUGGGAAAGCAAGCAAAUUUGGCUGAGUGCGGAAGGUGGGUCGGGAAUGGGAGGAGGAAGGUGGAUGCUGCUCAGGUUUUUGAUGGGUUUGGUGCAUCAAUGGCAGAACCUUGGUUGGCUGCUCAUGGGGAUCUUUCUAGGUGUGUGCUCCUUGGGGUGAGCUGUGGUGCAAACAUAGCAGAUUAUGUGGCUCGGAAGGCUGUUGAGGCUGGAAAGCUUUUGGAUCCUGUUAAGGUGGUUGCACAAGUCUUGAUGUAUCCUUUCUUCAUAGGGAGUAUUCCCUUGAAUUCUGAAAUUAAGCUUGCAAACUCCUACUUCUACGACAAGGCAAGUUGCAUGUUGGCAUGGAAACUCUUUCUACCUGAGGAAAAUUUCAGCCUAGAUCACCCUGCUGCUAACCCUCUGAUCCCAGGGAGAGAGCCUCCUCUGAAGUUCAUGCCCCCAACACUAACUGUUGUGGCGGAGCAUGACUGGAUGAGGGAUAGGGCCAUUGCUUACUCAGAGGAACUCCGGAAGGUUAAUGUGGAUGCUCCUCUUCUUGAAUACAAGGAUGCUGUGCAUGAGUUUGCUACUCUUGACAUGCUCCUGCAGACACCAGAAGCUCAAGCUUGCACAGAGGAUAUUGCUAUAUGGGUCAAGAAGUACAUAUCACUCAGAGGCCAUGAGUUUUCUUAUUGAACAAUAGAUCAGAAAAGACAAGAAAAGAGAACGAAAUUCAGCAAGGGGAAGUGGUUUAUACCAACAAUUUUGUGUCAUGAGGAGUAAGGUUCCUGGUUGAUCCCAUUGAGCCUUGGAUCAGAGUGUCUAUCAAGGUGAGAAGGGUGUACUUAUCUUGUACACAUGUAUUGUUUGAGUUGCUUUCAAUUUCUAGUUGCCCUUCCUCCUUGUUUUAGGUCAUUAGGAAUUCAUUUGUUCAUAUUCUUCACCUUAAUGCUGAGAUGUAUCUUAUGUGUAGGAAUAAACUGAAUAGGAUUCAUUCUUUUGUUUUGUUUUAUAAUUAGAAAUUCUUCUAUCAUUCAGCAGCCUUGUCUAAUCUCUGGCUAUCUAUUCUCCUGUUAGCCUAAAACUAUGUUUCUAGAUUCUUUUGCCUCUGAGAACACAUAAUUUGGCCUGCAGCAAAGGAUGCAUUUCUUCAUUUUCUUGCUGGUGCCAAGCUUACAUCUGCAUCAUCUUGCUGGAUACCCAUUUUUCCUUUACUAAAAUAUCUAGUACAAA